UACACGGCGCGCGAGGUUUGUUUUCGUAGCAGGGCUAAAGUAGAGUUAGCUAGUUAGCAGCUUAGUCCAAGUCGUAGUUUUACACAGUUUAUGUUGUUGUUUAUGAUUAACGUCGUUAGCAAGAGUUUCAUCACGACAUGAAUGUCUACACUUUCGUACGCCGUCACGGUGUGCCACACAGCAGGCUUUAGGGUUUACACAAGCCGUUUUGGAUGGAUUUGCCCUCCCAAAACAUGUACGACACAUUCAAAGAUGAAAUCUGGAAAGAGCUGGGGCCACUGGACCCUGACUGGUUUGAGACGCUGACAGCUCAAACUUUAACCAAUGAGGGAAAUGUCUCUGAUCAAGAUGAGCUGUGUGCUAACCAAGAGGGGAAUUUCAAAGCACCUUUUGACAAAAGCGCAGCAGAGAGUCAGCUGUUUUCAACCCCCAAAGUCUUCAGACACAGUCGAGUUGGGUCACCUGAAACUGAGGACGAGCAUUCGUUCACUGCUGAACGUGAAAAAGAAACAUUGCCAUGGACAGCAACACAAAGUCAAAGUCCAUGUUUGUUUGGGACAUCAAAAGAAGGGUUCCAAGGUCCAAAACAUGGAAGUAUCCAGCAUCAGAAUGAGGACAGUUUUGAUCUGCUUCAAAGCCCACAAAAAUCCCCAGUCAGCUUUGCUAAGCAUAUAUCUGAAAGUCUCGGAGCACAGAUUCAUCCUGAUAUCUCGUGGACCAGUUCUCUGAAUACUCCACCUGCAGUACCAUCCACCCUGAUUUUAACUAAACCUGAUGAGAGUCCCUGCCCACUGACUGUGUCUGCAGACAAAAAUGUUGUUUUUGUUCGGAGGCUUUUUCCUUCUCUUUCAAAUGCAUCCAGAGUUGGAGCGAUGUCACCCAAAAGUAGUGACAUGCCAACUGCUCACAAAGGUGUUGUGUCCCCUGUGGCUGGUCAGAAUCCAGAGUCUGUCGUCUCACCCCAAAGUUCUCUGAAUCAGAGUGAGGGAGUUUGGAGACCAAAGGUACCAGGUGCUAUAGAGGAUGGAGAAAUUCGCAGCGCCGCAGCAAGUGUUCUCGAUGGAGCUGAAGAUGUUCUGUCUAUAUUUUUCACCAACAGUAGUUCAGCACUGAGAAAAGUGAAAACCGAUCGAAUCAAAAGAAAGCAAAUAUUUCCCACAAAAGAACCCAAUUGCAGCUCUACGGACGUCUCAACAGCAAACAAUGCUGCAUCCGAUGAACAGAAAACAUCUGAUCUGGACUCAGGCAGACAUCUCUCACCUCCACCUGUGAAAACGGGAGAUAUGGGAAACACCCAGUGGUCUCCAUUGAGUUUAUCUGAUAUUCCUCCUUGUACUGCGGAUUCCUCUUGCCACGAUAAUGGUCCUGCUACACACGUGGAAAACAGUAUUUCAACAGAGCAACUGCAGUGUGACUCUGGGCAACAUAGCAGGCCACAUAUGAAAAUCACAGACUCUGGAUUUACUAAGAAAAAGAGGAAAUUUGUUUAUACUAUUAAGACUUCAAAACCACAAGUUCAAGGAAUGGAAAACCAGUCUCAGAGGAUGGACUCGUCACCUGGGAUUCCAGACUCAGGUCAAAACGUGAAUGUGAAAGGGUUGGUGAAGGCCCCAGAUGAAGAGGAGUGUUGCAGCAUCAGCAAGAAUGAGAUGCAAAAACAGGGAAAUCUGACUGAAGAAAAUCUACCUCCCUCUGUACAAGCAAAAAUCCAGGAUCUUGACAUAUCGCAGCUUUCCAGAGAUUUUGCACAAGACUUCAGUCAAAUGGCAGAGCCGGUUACACUGAGACGAGUGGCAGAGGAUACUCAUCGCAAAGGCUUCUCUCCAUCAGCUUGCCUGUCUGCCAUGAAACAAGCUAAUCAAAAAGCAGGGCAAGCAAAUCUUGCCCAUGACUAUGAUGGUGUCAGUAACAGAAGAUCUGUUGCUACGACUUAUCAAAAUUACUCCAUCAAUGAAGGCACAAUAGGUGACAGUGGAUUCCAGUCUGCUGUUGCAGAUACCAUUCAUGUGACUGCAUCAUCCUUCACUGUUCCCAGCUCGGAGAACAAUGGGCACAGUCAGCAAUGGACAGGCCUUAAAACUGAUAUCCAAAGGAGUACGUUUACAUCUACAAGUAAAAGAAGCAGAAAAGCACAAUUGGAUGAUGAUUUACAAGAAGCUGGAACUGAUGCCGAUAUGCCCAGCAGGAUAGAGGGAAGCAAGACACUUGACCCUGGAAGAAAAAGUGAGUUGCACAUGGAGAGUACAUCAAAUCAGCUAUCGAGCAGUGCAAGAGGAACUGCUGAUAACACUAAUUGCUUUCCACUUAAUGGUCAACUUCAUGGCAGUCAGCCAAAGCAAACAACUGUUUCUCUGUCCUCAAUCCAUGCAUCAGGAUUCAAAACAGCUUCAAAUAAGGGCAUAGAGAUCUCCUCAGCCAACCUGGAGAGAGCCAAGCAUCUCUUUGAAGAGACGGAAGGGGAAAGGAUUUUAAGUGAUCAGCACAUCAGAUGUUCCCAUGACACUAAACAUGAACUUAGCAUGAGUCAUGGAUCAGUCAAAGAUGCAACCUUCAACUCAAACCAGCCUCCCUCUUCAAAUGAAAAAAGUGUGGACAGCAGUUGCCAGUUAACAGCUUCACAGAAAGCUGAUGUGACAGAGCUGUGUACUCUUCUGGAAGAAGCCGAUAGCCAGUUUGACUUUACACAGUUCAAAACAGGAGAGCUAAAACAAGAUAAAGUCACAUUUCACCAAAACGUUGACAAGGAACUUGACCCUGAUUUUCUCACAGGUAUAGAUUUUGAUGACAGUUUCAAUUCAGAUCUUGAAAAGCACCUGAGAGUAAAUGACAAAAUGACAAAAGUUUCAGAUGGUGAAACAUCCACUGCCACAUGUAAAUCUACAAGUUUGUCCUUGUCGAGGAUAGAUGAUGAAGAUGCAUCUUCCCCUUCAAAGCAGAUCUCUGAAGGUAGUCAGAGAGUUACGUCAGACGAAAACAAAAAUCUUUACAGAGCUGGCCACACUGACACAAGCAAGCUGGAGAAUAAUAAUCCUUUGAUGCUUGGUAUAGGAUUUAAGACUGCAGGAGGAAAUGUUUUGAGGGUUUCAAAGAAGUGUCUGAGCAAAGCCAAAGCUUUGUUUGCAGAUUUAGAGGAGAAUCUAAUGGUAAAUGAAAAGUCCCCAGACAAACAAAGUAGUGAAACUGAUGCUAAAACACAGCACAACUGCAAAAUGGACAAACACACUGGUAGUGUUUUGCCUCAUAAACAAGAUGGAGGAAAAUUAUCCUGCUCAGACAGACAAGUCACUGGCAUUAGAGGUGAAGAUGCCACAGAAUGUCCAAACAACAGCAAAGUGGGCACAGCUAAGUGUCAAAGUGGUUUCCAGAUGGCCAGCGGGAAAGGGAUUUCUAUUUCAGCAAAAGCGAUUCAAGAGGCAAGUGCUUUCUUCAAUGACUGUGACAUGAUGGAUACUAGCGCUGGCGUGUCCGUACAACAUAAAAAAAGCACAGAACCUUUGUCUAGAGUCGGUGUCAGCUUCAGUCAUAAGAAAAACCUCCAGAAAUUUAAAAAUGUUCAAGGGAUGAAAGCAAACUUUUCUAAAGAACCAGUCAAUAAAGUUGAAGAUGUGAAUGCAGGGCCAACUGCACGUCACACAGAAGCUGAACAACAUAAAAUGGAGAUUCACAAUUUUGGUUUGAAGAGUACAGUGGCUUUAACGAGCGCAGCUUCUUUCCAUGGAAACCCAUCUUCGGCUGCAAAGGGACUUUCAUCUCUCUCUUAUAAAACAUCAAAGAAUAUUGGCUCUUCUGUCGUCAAUGAAUUGAGCGCCAGUGUUGGAUUUAGUACAGCCCGUGGGGAGAAAGUAUCAGUUUCAGCUGAUGCACUGAAGAAAGCAGAGUGUCUUUUGAAUGAUAUUGAUAUACUUCAGGACACAAACACACAACAGAAACAAAAGGAUGGUGCUUUGGGAACAGGUCAUCUUGUCAAUCAAAUUCAGGGUUCACCUCCCAAAAAUGGUGGAUUUCAGACAGCUAGUGGCAAAGGAUUCACUAUUUCAUCCGCAGCUCUCAAAAGAGCAAAAAUGUUGUUGAGUGAAUGUGGUGAAGUUGAUGAUAAAACAGGUGUAAAACCAACACAUUCCGAGAUGCCAGUUCCCAGCCCAACACCCAGGAAUCGUGGAUUUCUUGCAGCCAGUGGUAAACCAGUGGCAUUUUCAUCUGAGGCCCUCCAGAAGGCAAAAGCUCUCUUCAGUGACAUCAGUUCCAGUGCAGAGACCCCAGCUGUUUCACACACAAUGAACGGUGACAAGAGACAAGACAAGGAUAAACGUAUGGAGAAAAUACAUUGUGGUUUCUCAAACGCAGGGGGAGCACAAGUCCAUGUUUCGCUCGAUUCUACCAAUGCAGCAGCUUUACAUGGAAAUCCACCUUUAAUCUCAAAGCACCCUCCAUUGUGCCAAACAUCAAAAAACAUUAGUUGCGCUACAAACAGUGAAUUGAGCAACAUUGGUGGAUUCUGUACAGCCAGCAGUAAAAAGGUAUCCAUUUCGGAUGACGCAAUGACAAAAGCAAAGUCUUUGUUUAAUGAAAAUACAACAUUUGAGGACACAAGCAAACUGCUGAAACAAAAAGUAGACAGUCAGCCACAACAGAAUGGUGGGUUUCAGACAGCUAGCGGCAAAGGAGUUGUUGUUUCAUCAGCAGCCCCAAAGAAAGCAAAAACCCUGCUUAGUGUAUGCGAAGGAGUUGAGGAUCAAAUUAGUGUACAACCAACAUGCUCCAAGAUGCCAGUUCCUGGUCCAUCAGGCAGGAGUCAUGGAUUUCUUGCAGCCAGCGGUAAGCCAGUGGCAAUUUCAUCUGAGGCCCUUGAGAAGACAAAAGCGCUCUUCAGUGACAUCAGUUCUGGUGCAGAGGGCCCAGAUGUUUCAAACUCAAGGAACAGUGACAAGAAACAAGACAAGGCUGAAAGUAAGGAGAAAAUACAUUGUGGUUUCUCUACUGCAGGGGGAGCCAAAGUCCAUGUUUCACCAGGAAAUCUUUUGAGAGCAAAGAACCUUUUGAAAGAAUAUGAUGGUUCAAUUUCAGCAACAGCAAUGCAAGAAGCAGAUGCUCUCUUUAUGGACGGUGACAUUAUGGACAGUGGGGACGGCAUAACUGCCAGUUGGAAAAGCGCAUCUCUGUCGCAUGACGCAUUGACAAAAUCAACGUCUCAGUUUGAUGAAAAUGCUACAUUUGAGAAGACAAACAAAUGGCUGACACCAAAACUUGAAACUGUGCUAUCACAGAAUGGUGGAUUUCAGACAGCCAGUGGCAAAGGAGUUGCUAUUUCAUCUGCAGCUCUCAAGAAAGCAAAAACUCUGUUCAGCGAAUGUGAAGGAGUUCAAGAUAAAACUGAUAUAAAACCAACAUGCUCCAAGAUGCCAGUUCCUGGUCCACCACCCAGGAGCCAUGGAUUUCUUGCAGCCAGCGGCAAGCCAGUGGCAAUUUCAUCUGAGGCCUUCGAGAAAGCAAAAGCGCUCUUCAGUGACAUCAGUUCCAGCGCAGAGAUCCCAGCUGUUUCAUGCACAAGGAACAGUGACAAGAAACAAGACAAGGCUGAAAAUAAGGCGAAAAUACAUUGUGGUUUCUCGACUGCAGGGGGAGCCAAAGUCCAUGUUUCACCAGGAAAUGUGUUGAGACCAAAGAACCUUUUGAAAGAAUUUAAUGGUUCUGAUUCAGCAACUGCAAUGCAAGAAGCAGAUGCUCUUUUUAUGGACGGUGACAUUAUGGACAGUGGGGACGGCAUAACAGCCAGUGGGAAAAAUACAUCUGUGUUGCAUGACGCAUUGACAAAAGCAAAGUCUCAGUUUGAUGAAAAUGCUACAUUUGAGAAGACAAACAGAUCGCUGACACCUAAACUAGAAACUGUGCCAUCACAAAUAGGUGGAUUUCAGACAGCCAGUGGCAAAGGAGUUGCUAUUUCAUCUGCAGCUCUCAAGAAAGCAAAAACUCUGUUCAGCGAAUGUGAAGGAGUUCAGGACAAAAUUGAUGUAAAACCAACAUGCUCCAAGAUGCCAGUUCCUGGUCCACCACCCAGGAGCCAUGGAUUUCUUGCAGCCAGCGGCAAGCCAGUGGCAAUUUCAUCUGAGGCCUUCGACAAAGCAAAAGCGCUCUUCAGUGACAUCAGUUCCAGCGCAGAGAUCCCAGCUGUUUCAUGCACAAGGAACAGUGAACAGAAAGACGCUGUAAAUGAUAAAGAAAAAACUCAUUGUGGUUUCGCAACUGCAGGUGGAGCAAAAGUGUAUGUUUCACAGAAAAAUCUGUUGAAAGCAAAGAACCUCUUGAAAGACCUCACAGAUGGGGAGUGUCAUGAUUUAAGUCCACAUGACAGCCAUAAAUCAGUUGUGAAUGAUGUGAGAAGAACUUCAGAUUUCCCCACAGCCAGUGACAAAGACAUUCCUAUGAAGGACAGUGCCACUGAGGAAGUAAAAUGUUUAUCCUCUUUGCAACAGUUUGACCCUGAAAUUGAAACCUUUCAAAAUUCAAGUGCACUUGGUAACAUCUUAAUCGAAGCCAAGGCACCUACAGACGCAUCUAAGGUUAAAGAGGGAAAAAUGACCAACCUCCAUGACAGCCCUCAAGAGGAAAUAGCAGUUGUGUUGGACCAGGAAAUAAAUCAGACCAGCAGCAGUGAGGGCAAACAGACAGAAGAAUCUUCAGUUCUGUACUGUCACUCACUUAAUCUCACUGGCUGCACCGAAACCCAGCGGAGGUUUCUUGCCCAGGAAGCUCUGGACUGCACCAAAGCUUUGUUGGAGGAUGAAAGUCUCUCUGAACAAAAACUCUCAAUGACUUCAGUAAAUAUGCCACUGCAAGAUAACCCAAAAUCCUUUCAUGGAUCUGUAGAGGAAAAAAAAGGAAAAGGGAAAAGACUGGUAGAGGAUCCAGAUAUGACCGGUCAGCCUCCCCUGAAGAGACGAUUGCUUGAAGAAUUUGACCGGACUGUUGAUAGUGCAAGAGGCUCGAUGCUCGAGCCGCAAAAAAGCAGUCCAAAUGGUGUUAUGAAAGACAGGAGAGUUUUCAAGUACAGUGGCUCUCUGCAUCCAAACAUCACAAGGCCACGCAGGAAUGGAACAAACUAUGUAGAAACCAGAUUGCAAAAGACGACAGCAGCACAACACUCAACCCCAGGAGACAGCAUAUCGGCCCAUUCCAAGAUGUCCGUGUUUGUUCCACCAUUCCUCAAGAAUUUAAAGAUGGAGAGCCUCAAUCAUGCAGUGCUCAGAGACAACAUAAAAACACCUUCUACAUUUGUUCCUCCAUUCAAAAAACAAAGAACUACUGUCCAAGAUAGCUCCUCUAAACCACAUGAGGAGGAUAAACAGCACCAUCUCUUUGUAAUGCCCUUUAAGAGCAAUACUUAUGUACCGCCCACGAAGAACACACAACUGAGUGUAACUGAUAAUAAAAGCAAAGAAGACCUUCAGAUGGUGACCAUGGCUGACUCUACAAAAGAUAACCUGAUCGAUAAUCAAAACCUGCCCGUUGGCUGUGAAACUGAAGAGUCUUCCACAGAGGCCUCACUCUUGGAGGAUAAACUGUCCCAAAGCCAAGACAUGUUUGAGAAUCUGCAUAACGUGGAGCUGGCACGAGAUAUGCAAGAUAUGAGGCUCAGGAAGAAGAAGCGCCAGACCAUUCGGCCUUUGCCGGGCAGUUUGUUUCUAACCAAAACCUCUGGAGUUUCGAGGAUACCAUUAAAGGCUGCAGUAAACAGGAAGCCUCCUGCAAGAUACACCCAAAAACAGCUAUAUAGCCGAGGACUUCAUCAGCAUGUGUGUGAGAUCACCAGUGACACUGCAGAAUGUUUUCGCUUCAGUUUAAAGCAGUUUGUCAAACAGGAGACAUUUAUAGAUGGAGGUGGUGUUCAGCUCGCUGAUGGAGGAUGGCUGAUCCCCAGUAAUGAUGGGACUGCAGGGAAAGAAGAGUUUUACAGAGCAUUAUGUGACACCCCCGGUGUGGAUCCUAAACUUAUCAGUGAGGAAUGGGUGUACAAUCACUACAGAUGGAUUGUAUGGAAGCAGGCUGCCAUGGAGAGAUCAUUUCCAGAAACAAUGGGCAGCCUCUGUCUUACCCCAGAGCAGGUUCUCCUACAGCUGAAGUACAGAUAUGAUGUAGAGGUGGACCACAGCCGCAGGCCUGCUCUGAGAAAGAUCAUGGAAAAGGACGACACAGCAGCAAAAACCCUGGUCCUCUGUGUUUGUGGGGUCAUCUCCGGCGGUCACUCCACAAAAAGACAAAGUGGUGUUAAGUCUCCAAGUGGCGACGUCAAGGUAGAAAACCAAUCUGGGGUUGUUUGGCUGACGGAUGGAUGGUAUGGCAUUAAAACCCAGCUGGAUGAACCUUUGACUGCCAUGCUUCAAAAAGGUCGACUGGCUGUCGGUGGGAAGUUGAUCAUCAGUGGGGCUCAGCUGGUGGGAUCACAAGAUGCUUGCUCCCCUCUGGAGGCACCUGAUUCCCUCAUGUUAAAGAUUUGCGCCAAUAGCAGCAGACCUGCACGAUGGGACGCCAAGCUGGGAUUUCACAGAGAUCCAAGGCCACUCUUGCUUCCUGUUUCCUCUUUGUACAGCAAUGGUGGACCAGUGGGAUGUGUGGACAUCGUCAUACUGAGAAGCUACCCCAUACAGUGGAUGGAGAGGAAAACAGAUGGAGGUGUUGUGUUUCGUUCUGUUCGUGCAGAGGAGAAGGAGGCGAGACGAUACAACAGCCACAAGCAAAAAGCUAUGGAGAGCCUAUUUGCCAAAGUUCAAGCUGAAUUUGAAAAGGAGGAGAGAGGUAAUACGAAACCUCAGCGUAGAAGACGGACAAUGAGUCAUCAGGAUAUUGCAGGUCUCCAGGAUGGGGAGGAGCUUUAUGAAGCAGUGGGGCAUGACCCGGCAUACCUGGAGGCUCAUUUGAGCGAGCAGCAGUUGCAGACUCUACAUUCGUACAGGCGUUCUCUGAUGGAGAAGAAGCAAGCUGAGCUGCAGGAUCGGUACCGACGAGCUUUAGAAAGCGCAGAGGACCGCGAAGGUAGCUGUCCAAAGCGAGAUGUUACACCUGUGUGGAGACUCUGCAUUGCUGACUCUAUGGAUCAACAUGGCAGUGCUUACCAGUUGAAUAUUUGGCGACCUCCCUCGGAUCUUCAGUCUUUGCUGAAGGAAGGCUGUCGAUACAAAGUGUAUAACCUCACGACAUCUGAAGGAAAGAAACCUGUUGGCUGCACAUCUGUUCAGCUGACCGGGACAAAGAAAACACAGUUUCAGGACCUACAGGCUUCUCAGGAAUGGUUAUCAACACGUUUUCAACCAAGGUUCUCGACCCAUUUUGUGGAUCUUCAAAACACAGACUUCCAGCCGCUGUGUGGAGAGGUUGAUCUCACAGGAUAUGUCAUCAGUAUCAUAGAUGGACAGGGUUUCUCUCCUGCGUUUUAUUUGGCUGAUGGGAACCUAAACUUCAUCAAAGUGCGCUGUUUCAGUAGCUUGACUCAGUCUGGCUUGGAAGAUGUGGUAAAACCACGUGUCCUGUUGGCUCUGAGCAACCUGCAGCUGAGAGGUCAGUCCACAUCUCCCACUCCUGUUGUGUUCGCUGGAGAUCUGACCGUCUUCUCUACAAACCCCAAGGAAGUUCAUCUACAGGAAUCACUCAGCCAACUCAGAAACCUGAUCCAGGGUCAGGCAAACUUUUCUCAGACCGCUGAGGAGAAGCUUUCACAUUUAAUCAAAUGUGAUGGGCUGAGCUCCAUCUCCUCUCCAGCUCUGCAAACACGAACACCAGCGUCAGCUCCUACAACGGACAGAAGACAAGACACAAAGACGAGUGUGACGUCUCAGCAGCCAGUCAGAAGCUUUGGAUCAUUCACGCCUCUCAGCAGGAACCCUCCUGCACAGAACUGUUCAACAGAGAAAGACCCGAGCAGCCUGAAGAGGAGGAGAGCUCUGGACUAUCUGUCUCGCAUCCCGUCUCCACCUCCUCUCUCCAAUCUGGGCUCUGUGGCUUCUCCAUGUGUAAAUAAGACAUUCGUCCCCCCUCGGAGGUCUGUGACACCCAGCACUUUAAAAACUGUACAGACUCCAGCUCGCAAAGCCGUUAGUUCACCGGUGGAGGAGGAAUGGGUGAAUGACGAGGAGCUGGCGAUGAUUGACACUCAGGCAUUGCUUGUUGGUGAUUUGAUGUAGGGGCUUAAGACUGUGAUGAUGAGACACCUUUAAAAACAAACUGUAUAAAUGAGUGAAUGCAAAGGCUAGAAGCUACACAUGGCACAUAUUCUGUGGUUGUUUUUGUCAUCUCACUUGGCUCAUUAAAGAUGUAUAAGCACUUCAACUGUAAAACAUCUUUAUACUGAUCUAGAUUCUCCUCUGCAGCACACUGUUUUUGUCUAUUGGUAUGGUAUUGAGGACAAAUAUUUGAGGACUGAUCGGGGAGUAGGAAGUUGUUUACUGUGUAUUCUUAAAUAUAUCUGUACAGGAUUGUACAAUAUUGAACAAACAUCAGCUUGUCAUAGUUAUUUUAAAACAAAAUGUUAAAGUUCUUAAAAUACGAAUUAUGGCCCUCUUUUACAAACAAAAAAACAGGAUUCUCCAAUUUGACAAGUGACACAUUGUUAAUAAUAAACACUUUAUUAUAACCAUCAUUCAUAAUUGUAAGUUAUUAAACUGUUAACAAUUAAAUGCUUUAUAAACCAUUUAAAAAGCAAGUAUUUACUGUAAAGAUGGAUGAUGGAUGGAUGGGUUAUUUACUGUAAAGUUGAAGCUGAUGUUAAUGCUUUGUAAAUUGUGGAUAUUGAGUUCAUCUAUAAACAUUUGGUUGGUCUUUAUAAAGUUUCACUUUUAAAAUGA